AUGUCUCAGGAAUCAGCGUACGUGACUGGUGGCGCCUCCGGUAUUGGAAAGGAGGUGGUUCGAAUGCUCGUGAAGAAUAACAUCAGAGUCUUUGUCGCGGAUCGAGACCAGGAAGGUGCUCAGAAGCUGGCAGACGAACUCAACAAGGCUUCUGACCAUGCUGUCUGUGUGUCCCAUGUUGACGUUGCUGAUUGGAACUCUCAAGCCAAAGCUUUCAGUCAGGCUGUGGCAGACUUUGGUCGCAUCGAUUAUGUUUAUCCCAUUGCAGGCAUUGGCGAGAAACCAUGGAUUCCCAACGACCCAAGCUCCAGUGGCUUUGUUAUGCCUAAUCUCAGUGCUAUUGACAUUGAUUUAACCGGCGUGCUUUACACUGUGGGUUUAGCAGUGCAGCAAUUCAGAAGACAGGAACCCGGAAAGAAUGGUUUCCGGGGGAAGAGUCAGAACUUGACAAUCACAGUCCCGAUAUAUACGGCGGCCAAACAUGGGGUGACUGGCUUUGUGCGUAGCUAUGGGAAAUAUCUUCCAGAAGAAAAGAUCACUCUCAACUCUGUCAAUCCAAAUGUCAUCCGGACCAAUAUCUCAACAGCGUCCUUCUAUGACAGCCUAGAGGACAAGGGAUUGUUGACUCCAAUUGAGGGUGUGGUGGAUGCAUUUGAGAAGCUCCUGGGGACCAACGAUACAUCUGGCGAGAUAUUUGAAAUUGGACCUAAUUGGAAGAAACAGGGUCCAGUAAAGAAGAAAGCUCCCGAGUACUUGGAUAAGGAGUCGGAGACAGUCAUCGACUUGAUUUAUCAACGCAGCCGUCCAUUGCAUCUGCCGCGAUGA